UCUGAUCGCAGAAAAAAUACAUAAUACAGUUGUAAAAUAUAAAGAAAGAUCUCGUACGUAGUUCAUUCAAAGUAUCAGUCUACUCAAGCGCGAUUACGCGCAGUGGCGUCACAAGAGGCUCUCUUUUUCUCGCGAGAAGGCGUUGCUCGUACUCUUUUCAAGAUCGCCGACGUUAAAAAGCGCGAAGCGGUAAUCGAAUCAUUAGCCUUACAGAUGAUGUAUACAUGUAUGUGUAUGUAAUAUGCGUAUAAUGUGCGUUCGCGCAACGAAUGCGGUGCUCCUGAAAUUGCAUUGAAAUUAGGAAGAUGCAUUUACGCGGCGAUUGAGUCGAUCGUUGCAAUCGCGGAUAAUGGGCAGAGUCGGCGCGUCCACAAUCGUCACGAACGCUUAAGAAUUCGUCGCCCAUCACUGCAGGAAUAAUGUUGAACAGUAUAACAAAACACAUUUUACAUUGCUGUCUGCUGCUCAUAGUCAUAUUGGUAUUUGAAUUUGUGUCUGGUGGACUUCGAUGGAACGCAGACCAAAAAGAAGAGAUUGACCCAUGGACACGAUACGGCAUUAUUGGUGCAAUCACUUUGUACCUGUUGCGUACAGUGACGUUUCUUUCGUUGCCUCAAGUUUUAUUCAAUUUUAUAGGAUUAACGAUAUACAAUGCAUUCCCUGAUAAAGUAAUCUUAAAAGGCUCACCUCUGCUUGCACCAUUUGUUUGUAUAAGAAUAGUGACACGUGGGGAUUACCCACAUUUAGUGAAAACAAAUGUGAAGAGAAACUUAGAUAAAUGUAUAGAAGCUGGUCUUGAAAAUUUCCAAAUAGAAGUAGUGAGUGAUAAACCAGUUGGUUUAAUACCGCAUCGUAGGGUACGAGAAGUAAUUGUACCUUCAAAUUAUCGCACAAGUAGUGGUGCCUUAUUCAAGGCUCGUGCUUUGCAAUACUGCCUCGAGAAUUCGGUAAAUGAAUUAGCUGAUCAUGACUGGAUUGUUCAUCUUGAUGAAGAAACUUUGAUGACUGAAAAUUCCGUUCGUGGCAUAUUGAAUUUUGUAUUGGAUGGUAAACAUCAAUUUGGCCAAGGAUUAAUCACAUAUGCUAACGAAGAUGUUGUUAAUUGGAUCACAACAUUGGCUGAUAGUUUUAGAGUAGCAGAUGAUAUGGGAAAGUUACGAUUACAAUUUACCAUGUUCCACAAGCCAUUUUUUAGUAUGAAAGGGUCCUAUGUUGUCACACAGAUGGGAGCAGAAAAGCAGGUUUCGUUUAAUAAUGGAUUAGAUGGAUCCGUUGCCGAGGAUUGUUUCUUUGCGAUGAAAGCAUUUUCUCAAGGAUAUACGUUCAACUUUGUAGAAGGCGAAAUGUGGGAGAAAUCGCCAUUCACUCUAUGGGAUUUUGUACAGCAAAGAAAAAGAUGGCUGCAAGGUAUAUUACUUGUUGUGCAUUCCAAAUCAAUUCCAUUAAGAAAAAAAUUAUUGCUGGGUAUUUCAUGUUACUCGUGGGUGACAAUGCCACUUUCCACUUCUAACAUUAUCUUAGCCGGAUUGUGUCCGAUUAACUGCCCGCCAUUGAUCGAUUUUCUAUGCGCUUUUAUCGGCGCCGUAAAUAUUUAUAUGUAUGUGUUCGGAGUAGUUAAAUCAUUUUCCCUAUACCGUUUUGGUGUUGCUCGAUUUAUGCUUUGUAUAUGCGGUGCAUUGUCCACCAUUCCGUUUAAUAUAAUUAUCGAGAACGUUGCUGUCAUAUGGGGCUUAUUUGGUAAGAAACACAAGUUCUAUGUCGUUAACAAAGAAUAUAGACCACCAGUGACUGUAUGAUGUGUCAUCAGUUUAGAGCUCUUAUCUAACUGGUGCAUACUUAGCAGCAGUAUAAAGUUUCCAUUGUGCAUGCGCAUAAUUAGUACCUGUAAAUUUACAUAGAAAAACAUCAUCAUCACAAAUAAAAUAUUUAUAACUAGUAUUAUAUAGGAAUUACAAAAUUUCUAUGAUAAAUGGAGCAGAAAAUUUUAUGCAAAGAAAGAUAUAAAGUAACAUAACAAUAGAUGUAGCUCCAGUAUUAAAAACAUAUUCUGCGUUGGCAUUAGAGCAUUGCGCCAAAUCUCUAUUAAAAGUACUUGUCAUUUAUUAAAAAUAUAUUUAUGCCAAUAUCUUGUUCUCAGUACAAGUCAUACAUGUCAUGUGUAUUUUUGAUCUCAUGUAAACAUGUUUAGCAUUCAUUAAGUUAAAUUAUUUACAUGUUCCUCCUUUCGUGUUAAAUU